AUGAGCGCGCUGCUCCGUGAUUUUAGGCAGCAUGAUCCCCCACAGUUUGGGGGUGAGCCCGACCCUUCUGCAGCAGAUUUGUGGCGCACUGAGGUGGAGAAGAUUUUUGACACCAUGCAAUGCACUAGUGAGUAUAGAGUUCCAUUAGCCAUCUUCCUUCUUCAAGGCGAGGCUCGUCAUUGGUGGUCGUCAGUUUCAAGGAUGGUCGAACCUGAUUUUAUGUGGACGUUGGAGGAGUUCGUGGUCUGUUUUAACAAGAAGUUCUUCCCAGAGCAUAUCCAUGAGCAGAGGGCCUUAGAGUUCGAGACCAUAGUACAGGGUGAGAUGACGAUGUCUCAGUAUGAGGCCCAACAUGUUGCGCUAUAUUGUUUUACCUCCUACCUCGUAGACAACGAGAAGCGGAAGGCUUACCGUUUUGUGAGCGGCUUGCGUCCCAUCCUUCACAAUCGCAGCGUGGGACAUCUGUUGACGAUAUUUGAUGAGGUCGUGCAUCAGCCCUUGGUUUAUGAGGAGGACUGGGCCUUGUCCCAGAGGACUAAAGAGCAGUGUUCCACCAGAGACCAGAAGAGCAAGGCACCCUCCAGUAGCUCCAGUCAGCACCAACACUGA